CAACGUUUUUCCACACGGAGAAGACGACAUUCUGCAGAGCUAAGCCCCCGAAACCCAAUGAAACCAGCGGGUGUGCGCGCGCCUUAACUCCGCAGAGGACUGGGGUGUCCGGACGCAAGACGCCAACAUCCCUUCCUCUUCUUCACUCUCUUCUGCCCAGAGCACGUACAUCCCCAGCAAGUUCAGCAGAAAGGCGGUAGGGAACCGGCAAGCCAAUGGCCGUGGGCUGCUGAGAAGAAGGCGGGGCGUCGUGCCGAUGGACGGGUGAAUGGCCAGCUCCGAGAGUGCGGACUUUUUUCGUCACGUGACGACACAGCAGUGGAAGCAAGAUGGCGCCGGCAGCCGCUGCGAGCGGGGACCGGGGACUGAAGAGCCUUGUGUGGCAAAAGCUAAAAACAGCUGUAUUUGAUGACUGUAGGAAAGAAGAAGAGUGGAAGAUAAUUCUUCUAGAUGACUUCACCACAAAGCUUCUGUCAUCAUGUGGUAAAAUGACAGACUUACUAGCAGAGGGGAUCACUGUUGUGGAGAAUGUUUACAAAAACCGUGAACCAGUCCCUCACAUGAAAGCCAUUUAUCUCAUCACACCUACAACAAAGUCUGUAGAUGGGCUUAUAAAUGACUUUGUAAGUAAAUCACCUAGCAAGUACAAAGCAGCAUAUGUCUAUUUCACUGACUUUUGUGAUGACAAACUUUUCAACAAAAUGAAGUCAUCUUGUUCAAAAGCUAUAAGACGGUGCAAAGAAAUAAAUAUAAACUUUUUCCCUUAUGAAUCACAGGUGUUUACCCUUGAUGUCCCAAAUGCAUUCUAUUGUUGCUACAGUCCCAACAUGGAGAAGACAAAUGACACUGUAAUGGAGCAAAUAGCUGAGCAAAUUGUUACAUUAUGUGCCACUCUAGAAGAAAAUCCAGGUGUAAGAUUCAGAAGCAAGCCUUUGGAUAAUGCCAGCAAACUUGCACGACUAGUUGAGGAAAAGCUUGAAAACUAUUAUAAAAUUGAUGAACGGGGCCAAGUAAAGGGCAAAACCCACUCCCAGCUGUUAAUAGUUGAUCGUGGCUUUGAUUCUGUGUCGACUAUGCUCCAUGAACUCACUUUUCAAGCAAUGGCUUAUGAUCUGCUACCAAUUGAAAAUGAUACAUACAAGUAUAAGCCAGAGGGUGCAAGUGGGAAAGAAAAAGAAGCCAUUCUAGAGGAAGACGAUGACCUCUGGAUGAAAAUCCGACACAAGCAUAUUGCAGAUGUGUUGGAGGAACUCCCAAAACUUAUGAAAGAAGUUUCUUCAAAAAGGAAGGCAACAGAAGGGAAACUAUCUUUAAGUAAUCUGGCUCAGCUCAUGAAGAAGAUGCCCUACUUUCGCAAACAGAUUACUAAGCAAGUAGUGCAUCUUAAUAUAGCUGAAGAUUGCAUGAAUAAAUUUAAGAGUAACAUAGAAAAGCUGUGCAAAGUUGAACAGGAUUUGGCUCUUGGAACAGAUGCAGAGGGACAGAGAGUAAAAGAUCCAAUGCGAGUCCUGCUUCCAGUGCUACUCAAUAAAAAUCAUGAUAGCUAUGAUAAGAUAAGAUCCGUCCUUCUCUAUAUCUUCAGCACAAAUGGAACUACACAAGAGAACUUGGACAAGCUGAUCCAGAACAUACAGAUAGAAAAUGAUAGCGACAUGAUAAAAAAUUGGAAGUACCUUGGUGUACCUGUUGUCACCACAACUACAUCACUACAGCGCGGAUCAUCAAGGAAGGAUCGUUCUUCAGAAGAAACAUUUCAGCUUUCUAGAUGGACACCUGUUAUUAAGGAUAUUAUGGAGGAUGCUAUAGAAAAUAAAUUGGACUCAAAAGACUGGCCUUAUUGUUCCCAGUGCCCGGCACCCUGGAAUGGUUCUGGAGCAGUGAGUGCUCGCCAUAAACCAAAAACUAGUUACUUGGACGACCGGAAAAGUGGAUCAAAGCUGAUUGUGUUUGUCAUUGGAGGCAUUACAUAUUCUGAGAUGCGCUGUGCAUAUGAAGUAUCUCAAGCCUAUAAGUCUUGCGAAGUUAUUAUUGGUUCCACUCACAUCAUGACACCUAGAAAACUACUGGAUGAUGUAAAGGCACUUACUGUAACAAAAUCGAAGGAUACAGUCUAUUUUAAGAAUGAAUAGAAGUUACAACAUUCAAAUAUUUUUAGUUGUGCUUAACUUAAAAGAUAUUAAGAACUCAUAGUAUAAAUACUAUGGAUACAAUUUAGCUACAGUUAAGUGUGUUUUUAGUUCAACUGAUUUCAAUUGAAGAAAUGUUAAAUAUCCAACUUCCUAAUUGAAAUCAGCAGGACAUAAAAGUGCUCAACUUGAAUUGGUUGUACCCUUGUAAAUAUUUUAUAAAUUAAUGUUAUAUUUGGGACUGUUCUUUUUAUAAUUUGAAAUUGGCUGCUUUUCCCUGGGUUGGGGGGAAGGGGAAAAGUAAUGGAUAAGAGGGAAGCAAUGUUUUUUUUAUAUUAACAUACUUUGUUGUAGAUGGCAUUUUGCUGUGAAAGGUUUGCUACUGCAAUAUACCACGUUAGGACUUGGGAAACAUAUUUGUAUAUGUGCUAAUGACUUCAGUAAUAAUGUGUAAACUUUCUAUAAUGGACACAUGUCUGUUUCUAAAAAUACUAUUAUAAAAGGGCCAUGGAUUUGGCUAGAAGAGGAAGACUUGUACAUGUAUAGCACAAUUUCACAACUACAAUUUGGUAAGCUACAAAACUCCACACAACUUAAUUACAGAUAGCAACUUUCAAUGAGGUACAAAAUGUAAGUUAAACUUUUUCUUGAAAAAUCUUGAGGCAAAUCAUUGGUUAUGUGUGUCAGGGAUUGCAUGGUUCUAUGGUAUUUGGGUGAAGCUAAUCAUGAAAGUAAUAAACAUUUUACCAUCAAUAAAGAACUCUGAAGAA